AUGGUAAAGAGACUAGUUAUUAAAGCGUCCAAUAACUAUGUGGAUGGAUUCCAGAUAAUCCCCGUCAACACAGGAAAACCCGUACGAAUCGAAUCGGAUAUAGGAGUGUUUACCGUGGCAGUUAACAUAGCAGACUUUGAUGGGUCUCACAAGGUACAUCAAGCUAAUAGCUGCUACAACCUUGGGGAUACCAAAUACUUGAACCAAGAACCCUUUGAUAGACUGAAGUUAGAUAUUAAAGAUGACGACAGCCUUAAGUUACAUGAUAUUGAAUCCACAAAGCUAUAUCCUGGAUCGCACCUUAAUCUUAUAAUAGGAUACAGACCCAAAUACAAUAUCAAAGGGGAUGAGCUAUUAUUUGGGAACGAUUUCACACUUCCAAUAAGAGAUCAUGUACCCACCACACUUUUACUGACGGGGUUGAAAUUUUUCACAUGGUUUGUUAAUAAGACCGUGAAGGGAGACAUUUAUAGUGACAAACCAUACAUUUAUGGACUUGCUUUAAACAGUUUCACUCAUUUGGGGUUGACUAACUCUGCACUGUCGUAUGCUAAGGACAUCGAGGAAGCUAGAGUUAAGGGAACAACCCCAUUAGAUUUCAAAGAGAACUUGAUCUUUAACCAUAAUAAUAACCAAAAGUUCCCUGAGAGUGCAAAGGGAAGAAUUAAAUGGUUUCAUGAUGGUAAAAAGUGCUCUCAGUUCACAUACUAUGAUGAUACUGAUUAUUUUAUGCAAUUUGAUACCAAUUUCUUGAAGAUGGGCGACUCCAAAUAUUAUGUUUCCUUGCCCACGUUCGGGAAUAAGACUUUUGAUAUCGAUGUGUUGAAAUAUGCCAAUAACGUUCUUGAUAACGUCAAUUGGACAAUUAAACAAAAUGGUUGGGCCGGUGUAGGGGAAGUGCAACCCCCACACGAAGACAGCUUAUUUACGAGUUGGUCAUUUGAAAUGUCUAACGAUGACUCGGAGUUGGACUUGAGCAAAGUCAUAGCCGAGUCACUUACUUCUAUACUCCCAGGUCAAGCAGAAGAAGAGGAGCAUCCCAGAAAUAAAGAUCACGAAGAACUCAGUUCUCAGGAAGAUGUUGAGCUUGAUCUUGAAGGUGCGAUUGGUGAAGCCUUCCAGCUGAUCAACUUUGUGUCUGGCUCGACCACAGAACAAGCACCAGCACAAACACAAGAGCUUAUGGACCGACGAAUACAAGAAAGUAACGAUAACCAUAAUAAUGACGCUAGUAAUAAUAAUAAUAGUGAUAGUUUCAAUUUUACUACGUCAUAUGCCCAUAGUAAUGAUGAUGAUGAUGAUGAUGAUGAUGAUGAUGAUGAUGAUGAUGAGCUUAAUAAGGCUAUAGGGGAUGUGUUUAACAGUAUAAGCAAUAGGGAAGAGAGUGCAGAAGAUGAUAGUGCUAUGACGAAUAGAGAGGAUGAUCAUUUGGAUAGUGCAAUAACGAAUGCGUUACUGAACAUUAUGGGUGAGGUAAUGCCAUCAGCUGAACCCCCAAAAGCUCAAGUAAUAACGUCACACGAUAAGAAUACAGACGACGAUGCCCAGUUGAAAGAAGCAGUAAGCAAUGUGGUUGAGUUGUUUCUGAUGAAGGAAAACCAACAAUAUCAACAGCCUCAAGAGAUUCCACAGCAUGAAGUAGAUCGACAGGAGUCACGACAGCAUGAGGAAGACCAACAGAUUGAAGCAUAUUCACAGUCUCAAGAGAUACGACAGGCUCAAGAGACUCUACAAAAUCAAGAAUUCAAAGAACCUGCUUCUGCUUCUGCUUCUGCUGACCUUCAGCAGGCGAUUUCGGAUGCCUUCAAAGAAUCUAAAAUCCCGAUCUCCGAGGAGUCAAAGGAACAAACAGAUAUGAAUUUAGAAAAGGCUAUUGGUUCUGCGUUUGAAUCGACCUUUGCUACAGAACAAGAACAGGAACAAGAACAAGAACAUCAGGUAUCAAACCAACGGAAGGAAGAUGACGAUUUCGACAAAAUGGAUACUGAUAUCGCCCUAGAUAAAGCCAUCGGAGAUGCCUUCAGUAAUAUUUUUCAACAUCAAGAGUCAACAAAAGAAACUCCCCAACAAAAGGAAAUAGUUCCAGAGAAUAAUUUACAAGAAAUGAAUCUAGAAAAUGCGAUAGGUGACGCUUUUAAAUCAUUGUUGGCCCGUCCCAAGCAAUCAAACGAGCAAACAAUAAACCCACCUGACAAUGAUACCGAAAAUUCCUUAGAGAAUGUCAUAAGUGAAGCCUUUAGAAACACUUUAGGCCGUCGAACAUCAUUAACAGGGUCCAUACAAGCACAAGCAGAACCUCAAGGGCAAGUACCAACCCUAACUUCUUUUGAUGGCCUUUCAAAUUUGGUACCGAGUCUUGCGAAACUACUGUCAAUAAAUCCUGAAGCGCUGUCUAUUGAUAUUGCUUCGAUAGUUCAAAAUGUGGUGCAACAGAUGCCCACGAUGUCUGAUCUGAUCCUGGCGGUCUCCUCAGAUGUUCUUCCCAUUUCAAAGGACUUAUUGGAUGAGCUUGCUUUAGAAAUCACCAGUAAAGUCCAAGACUCUGAUGAUAAGGCAUCACAUGAGAAUCAAAAGCAAAUAACAGAGAUGCCUCUUAUUGAUGAUAAUGUUUUGGCCCAUUUCCAAGAAGAAGCUCAUAAAGAGGAGCAACGGAAAGAGAAUAAUAAACAGAACAUCCAAAUUGUACAACAAUAUCAAAAAUCAGCGUCAUCAGCAUCAACACCCACAUAUUCAGCGAAGGAGACAACGGUAUCAGGUAUACCAUUACAUUCUCCCCUCACAGCUCAUACUUCAUUACCAAACUUCCAGACUGUUGAAGAUUCUAAAUCGCAUGGUAUAUCAUCUUCUGCUGCCAAAGGUACAACAACAAUGAUGGACACGGAAGCAGCAGCAGAUUUGGAGACUUUACAAAUGAAUGAUAUCAUGGAACGGGCACUUAAUAUGGCUAUGGAAAACCCCCAAGCACUUUUGACAAACGUUGAUAUGGACUACGAUUUAGUGCCAUCUGUGUCUCUGGAAAGACAACAGAAAACUGCUUCCCAUUCAACUGGAGUAAUAACGGCAGUUGUACCACCCCUGAGAGCCAAGGAAACAUCCAAGCAACCAAGAAAGAAGAUGCCCGAGACCCCAAAGACAAAAGCCGAACUGUCAUUUAACAGCCAUAAGACGACUACUCUUUCUACUACUUCUAAUUUGUCAUUGCUUGAAAGUCCUACCCAAUUUGAACCAGCAAUAACAGGCUCAAACGAGAAGUCUACUGUCCAAUCAGAUACCCCCAAAGCUCCGACCAAAGGAAAAGACACCAACAAAGACCUUUCGAUAGCAGAAGCAUUGGCAUUACAUCGAUCCAACAUGUCAAAUAAGAGCACGGAACCAUCAAAUAAAUCACAGGCUAGUUCGUUGGAUAACUCUGAAUGGAAUAAUAAUAAUAACAGCAAUAAUCUUUCCAGUGUUCUAACCUCAAUAACUCAACGGAUUAGAACUAAUAGCUCCGAUAGCCAAGGGUUACUUCAGGUUAUUCGUCAAAUGACGAACUCUUUAUCCUCGACAUCAGCAUCAACAUCAACGGCAUCAACAUCAUCGCCUUCACAAUUGACGGGCAAAUUAAUAGCCAACGAGAUAAUCAACUCGCAUAGAAGACGAGAACUGCACCAGAAAUUGGUUAAUUCGCUUAUGGUUGCUCGUAAUUUUUUGGAACGAAGAAGGAAUAUCAAUUUGUCCAAUGGAACUGCUGUUUCACUUAUCAGUAGUGUUAUUCAAUCUUUUCAAGGUGAACCUGGUGAAUCUGGUUUAGGUGGUUCAACCACCAAGGCUGACGAAGAUAAGAAAAUGGUUCCUUCGAUUGACAUGGAGACAAUUUCUACUUUGAGUGACACUGUUGUUGAUGCCAUCUCGAACUUUACCACGAAACAGGCCCGGAACCGAAUUAAACAGCCUAAGGAUACUUUGGAAUACAAGGAGAAAAUCAGACAAGGUAAUCGAGAACGGAAGAAGAAAUGGAGAGAAGAGAAUGCUGAAAGGAACAAAGAUAAUGAUCUACGUGCCCGAGUGACAAAAAGAGCCAAUGUGUUAUUUAGAGAUGGCAAUGAGACCAAGAAGAAAGAAUGGAUUGAAAAUGAAUUCAACACCCGAAGAUUAAAGAGGUUUGAAAGAGAACGAGACAUUCAAAUGAGAGAUUCCAAAGGAGGAACACUCCAUAAUGAUUCACUGCUUGAAGCAGAUCCUAUACUUAAUGAGUUGGUUUCAGAUAUCUUCAAUAUUGUUUCUGGCUUGACCAUUAAAGAAGAUCCUAAGUCUGCAUUGGCUGCAACUUCAGCAGCUACAGCUUCUGCGGCAGCAGUAUAUGCUUUAGACACUGGAGCUGAUAUGAAAGCCAUUAGCAAUGUGGUUCUGUUAAUAGUUACUGGAUUAAUUGAAAAGUCCAAUUCAAGGUUGCAGAAACCUUCAAGUUACAAUCGAAUUGGAAUUGGGUUUAAUUUUAGAUCAGCAGCAGCUAAUGAUAGUGAGAAGAAUAACAUUGAUAACUUGGGAAGAUUAAGUUUAAGCGAUGGGAAACGAAGACUGGAUGAUGAGGAUAAUAAUGAUCCAAUAGCAGUUAAAAGACAAAGAUCCGUUUCUCCCAAUAGAAGACAUCCUCUUCUUCAAAUGUCAUCUGAGUUGGAAAAAGUUAAAGCUUCUUAUGCACAGAAUUUAUGGGGAAAGACAAGUUUAAAGAUGCCUCAAUAUAAGAAACCAGACCCUUCUUCAAAUUAUCACAUUGAUAUCAAUUCAAAGAAUGAGUUAAGCAGCAACAGUUCUAGACAGCUUAAAGGUCUUGCUUAUUCUUUAACCACCAUAUCACCAUUUAUUUCUCACAAGGUUUCAUCAGCUUCAGCUUCUUCUUCAGCUUCUUCUUCUACAACUGAAGGAUCAGCUACAACAAUACCAAAGCCAACCACGGGGUUAAGAAAGCCUGGCUCAUUUCAAAAGCCUAGUUCAUUCCAAAGACCUGGCUAUUCAAAGCCAGACAAGAACAAGGGAAAGUCAUUAGGAGUUUCUCCUAUGAUACGUUAA